UAGACAAUUGCAAAGAUUGAAAAAUAAGAAAAUUUGAAAGAAAAUUUCUCUAAACACCCUAAAAAUUUUUGGUGCCAGGGAACCAGGAUUGAGACCUAGUGCAUCAGACUUGCUGCAGGUAAUUUGAAAUCAUUGACCAUUGUUUGCCUUAAUUCUUCACAGAAUAGUCAUAAACCGGUUAUAGUACAUGCAUUUAACCAUGGACAUGAUUAUAUAUGUAGAAUUCGGCUCACUCAUAGUUUAUUGUCUUUAUCUAAAUAUAUGCAGCACCCUUUUGUCACUGGGAACUAUCAGGAACCUCAUCUAGUGUUUCAUAGCUCAAUUAUGGAAGCUGAAAGUCCAGUGAUGACAUCUGGGAUAAACCUGAGGAGCUCCAUAAACUCUAAGAUCAGGUCAACCUGCACAGGUUUAAAGGAUGUUUGUGAAAUGGGUAGUAGGAGGUUCUCUACAGUAUAUCCUGUGAAGUUAUCGGAACCAAGAUCCUAUUGGAGGGCAAGCAGUUGUGAUGAUGACAUGUGUCAGAUAGAUGAUAAAGAUGAUAUUGAAUUUGGUGCUUCAGUAAAGUUCAACUCUGUUUUAGCAUAUGCUGACUUGAAUAAAAGUUUUAAUCCCAUGUGUGAACCCACCAAAGACUGGCCUUGCAAAUUCGAUCAAAGUUCUGAGCUAAGGGGAAUUGCAGUAAACUUGUCUUUGGGUGAAACAUUGGGAGCUGCUGGCGCUCCUGGAAUGACUGGUAAGGAGAAGGAUUUUACUUUUCCAUGUGGACCUCCAGCAGCUGAUGAUGAUGAAGUUACAGAGUCAAAAAUUAGAGCCUUCCUGGAUGAAAAGGCUGUAGAACUGAAGAAGAUGCAAUCUCCUCUAUAUGAAGAGUUUUACAACACAUUGAGUGGAAGUCCUCUGACUCCUGUUGGAACUGCUAAUGGUGAAAAUAUUUUGAGCUUACCUCCUAAAAGCAGGUCACCUAAGCGGCUGCCAAGCAGAAGACUCUCUGCUGUUGAUUGUGCUGCCAACAUAACUAGCCCAAAGAUUCAUUCCCAUCAUUUGUCAAAGACUGCUGUUGUUCAUGAUCGGACUUUGCAAGAAAUUCAGCCACUUUCUGUUGUGGAAAGGAAAGGGCAUCUUCUCAAUGCUCAGCAGGAAAUAUUUAGUCCUAGCAUGAGCCUUUUUGAGAGGCAAAGGAUAUGGAAAGAAGAGCUUGAUCAAGAGCUUGAAAGAAAGCGAGGCAAGUUCUGUUUUUGUGCUCGUAAUUUCAAAUUCAUUUAAGCUUAUUAAGAAAUGUGAUUACUGUGUUUGAAACUUGAAACUGAAUUUAGCCCUUUCUCAAUUCUUUUGUAUCAUUCAUGGUGAGGUAAUGAUAAGGGUGUGUGCCUCUUGCUAAAUAAGGGAAUCAU